AUGAUCAAGUCAAAUGGAUUGGGAAAUAUCUACAAAUCUGUACGCCUUGGGGUUUGGGCAACAGGAAAACAAAAUUCUCGCUUACUAGAUCAAGCAUUCCGAGAAAACGACCACAUUGUUUUAUUGUUUUCUGCUAAUGAAAGUGGAGGAUUCCAAGGGUAUGCUCGAAUGGCCAGUCCUCCCCUCCCAGGGUUGCAUCCUAAUCUCUGGGGCUCUUUUUCUGUCCGUCUUGGAGCGAAUUUUCGCGUCCAAUGGUUGAAACAGUGCAAGGUCGAGUUUGAGAAGUUCAAUGGUCUGACAAAUCCUUUGAAUGACGGUCAACCGAUUAGGAAGAGCCGUGACUGUCAGGAAGUUCCUUUGGCAUUAGCUGGGAUUAUAUGUACGGUUUUGGACAGCGCUCCCGACGAAGAUUUGCUUGCGGGUACUGACGAAGCGAAGUUGUCUCGCAUUGACCAUCAAUCCACUUUUUUUGAGUUGCCCGAAGAACAAAAAAGAGCAGUCGAGGACUCUCUGGGAAUUUCCUCCGAUGAACCAACGCCGCAAAGCUACGUCAACAGAAACUCUCCAGCUAGAUUAUCUCAUUUUCGCAACAUGCCAUAUUAA